AUAUCAACACGUAAAACUAACCCUUUAAUUAAAACAUUAAAUAAUUUACUUAUUGAUCUCCCAUGUCCUACAAGAAUCUCCAAUUGAUGAAAUUUUGGAUCCUUACUAAGAAUAUGUUUGUUAAUCCAAUUAUUAACAGGAAUCUUUUUAGCCAUACAUUAUACAGCUAACAUUGAAUUAGCCUUCAACAGUGUAAUUCACAUUAUACGUAAUGUAAAUAAUGGUUGAAUAAUACGAAGUAUACAUGCUAACGGCGCCUCAUUCUUUUUUAUUUGUAUAUAUAUACAUGUAGGACGAGGAAUUUACUAUAAUUCUUAUCAACUAACUAACACUUGAAUAGUAGGAGUAAUAAUGUUAUUACUAACAAUAGCAACAGCCUUCCUAGGUUAUGUUUUACCAUGAGGACAAAUGUCCCUGUGGGGGGCAACAGUAAUCACAAACCUACUUUCUGUUAUUCCAUAUGUAGGGAACAAUAUUAUUCUAUGAUUAUGGGGAGGAUUUUCUAUUGAAAAUGCCACAUUAACACGAUUUUUCGCUAUACAUUUCCUUAUACCAUUCAUAAUUACAGCUUUAGUGAUAAUUCAUUUAUUAUACUUGCACCAAACAGGCUCUAAUAACCCGCUAGGGGUAGAUAGUAAUACUGAUAAAAUUCCAUUUCACCCAUAUUUUUCUGUUAAAGAUACAAUAAGAUGUAUAAUAAUACUAUUGUUUUUUAUAUUAAUAAACACUAUAGAACCUCAGCUUCUAGGAGAUCCAGAAAACUAUAUUCCAGCAAAUCCAUUAGUAACUCCUGUUCACAUCCAACCAGAAUGAUAUUUUCUAUUUGCAUACGCAAUUCUACGAUCUAUCCCUAAUAAAAUAGGAGGUGUAAUCGCCAUAUUAGCAGCAAUCAGAAUACUAAUAAUUUUACCUUUGCUAAAUAAGCCCAAUCUUCCUAAUUCUAAAUAUUAUCCCUUAAGUAAAAUGUUAUUUUGAUUUUUUUGUUUUACUUGAUUACUAUUAACAUGAAUUGGCGCUAAACCAGCCGAAGAGCCAUACAUCUUUACAGGCCAAGCCCUAUCAACUAUGUAUUUUAUAUACUUUAUUUUGUCCCCCCUAAGAUCAAAAUUUUGAGAUAAAAUAACUCAAUAG